UCUGCAAACUGCACGCUGGGUUCUGCUGAUGGUAAAGCGACCACUUUCAGGAAGGUAGCUGGGUUCUUUGCCCUGUGGGCACCUCCUGCGCAGAGGGCACCACCCCGCAGCGCUGCACCUUCUGGAAUGAGAAAUUAGAAGGGACGCCGACAGAAAGGCGGUGUCUGCUUUCCUGUCAUGCCAGGAGAUAAGAGGUCUUGAUACGUACCACCAUAGAGGUAUCAUUGAUACACAAUCUUAUGAAGGUUUCACAUGAGCAACAUUGUGGUUUCAACAUUCACCCGUAUUAUCAAGCCCCACCCCCACCUCCACUGCAGUCACUGCCCAUCGGUGUAGUAAGAUGCUAUGGAGUCACUAGUUGUCUUCUCCGUGCUGUACUUCCCCGGGACCUGCCUAUAUUGAAAACAUGAGCCUUCAGUCUUUGCUUCUGAUUGGCCUUUUCCUGCUAAUAUCUGAUUCCUGUGAGUUCUUCACUGAAGCAAAUUAUUCCAGAAGCUAUCCUUGUGAUGAGAAGAAGCAAAAUGUCUCUAUUAUUGCAGAGUGCAACAGUCGUCGGCUGCAAGAAGUCCCCCAAACGGUGGGCAAAUACGUGACAGAACUAGACCUGUCUGAUAAUUUCAUCAUACACAUAACAAAUGAAUCAUUUCAAGGGCUGCAAAAUCUUACUAAAAUAAAUCUAAACCACAACGCCAAUCUACAGCACCUGAACAAAUAUCCUGAUAUAAAACAAAAUGGCAUGAAUAUUACCGAUGGGGCAUUCGUCAACCUACAAAGCCUAACGGAGUUACUGCUUGAAGACAACCAGUUAUACCAAAUACCUGUUAGCUUGCCAAGAUCCUUGAAAGAACUUAGUCUAAUUCAAAACAAAAUUAUUUUGUUAACGAAAAAGGACACUUCUGGACUUAGAAAUUUGGAAAGCCUCUACUUGGGCUGGAACUGCUAUUUUGGCAAUAAUUGUAACGAAGUUUUUGACAUAGAAAAUGGAACAUUUGAAAGGCUUACAAAGUUGAAAGUGCUAUCACUAUCUUUUAAUUCCCUUAUUCAUGUGCCACCCAAAUUGCCAAAAUCCCUAACAGAACUUUAUCUUAGCAACACCGUCAUCUCAAACAUCAGUCAGGAAGACUUCAAGGAGCUGAGAAAUUUAAGAGUACUAGAUUUAAGCGGGAACUGUCCAAGGUGUUUCAACGCACCAUUUCCCUGUCGACCUUGUAAAGAGAAAUCAAUUCAGAUACAUCCUCUUGCUUUUCAAACCCUGACCAAACUUCAAUACCUAAACCUCUCUAGCACUUCCCUCCAGCGGAUUCCUGCAACCUGGUUUGACAAUAUGCAUCAUCUGAAGGUGCUGCAUCUUGAAUUCAACUAUUUAGUAGACGAAAUAGCCUCUGGAGAAUUUUUAACCAAACUGCCCUCCUUAGAGAGACUUGACUUAUCCUUUAAUUAUAAAAAGACAAAAUAUCCACAAUAUAUUAAUAUUUCCCAAAACUUCUCUAAACUUAAAAAUCUAGAGAUACUGCACUUAAGAGGUUAUGUGUUCCAGGAACUUCGACAACAAGAUUUCCAACCACUCAUGAAUCUCUCAAAUUUAAGGACUAUCAACUUGGGCAUUAACUUUAUUAAGCAAAUUGAUUUUUCACUUUUCCAGUGGUUCUCCAACCUGACGAUAAUUUACUUGUCAGAAAACAGAAUAUCGCCUUUGGUCAAUGAUGUCAGGCAAAAGGGUAUAAAUGGCUCCUCUUUCCAAAGUCAUAUCCGUCAGCCACGCUCAGCAAAUCUUGAGUUUGACCCACAUUCAAAUUUUUAUCAUAGCACUAGUCCUUUGGUAAAGCCACAAUGUGCAGCUUAUGGCAGAGUCUUAGAUUUAAGCUUGAACAGUAUUUUCUUUAUUGGGCAAGACCAAUUUAAAUAUUUUAAUAACAUUUCCUGCUUAAAUCUCUCUUCAAAUGGCAAUGGUCAAGUGUUACAUGGAUCUGAAUUUUCAGCUCUGCCUCACAUCAAGUAUUUGGAUUUAACAAACAAUAGACUAGACUUUGAUGAUGAUAGUGCUCUCAGUGAGCUGCCUGAGUUAGAAGUUCUAGAUCUCAGCUACAACGCACACUAUUUCCGAAUAGCAGGGGUAACGCACCGUCUAGGAUUUAUUCAAAAUUUAACAGUGCUGAAAGUUUUAAACUUGAGCCACAACAGCAUUUAUACUUUAACAGAGCAAGAGCUAAGAAGCAUGUCCCUGGAAGAAUUAGUUUUCAGUGGAAACCACCUCGACCUUUUGUGGAAAGCUGAAGAUAGUAGGUACUGGACAAUUUUUAAGAAUCUCGGGAAUCUGACACGGCUUGAUUUAUCUUUUAAUAACCUUGAGAGCAUCCCGGAUGAAGCUUUUCUUAACCUGCCCCAGAGUCUCACUGAACUGUAUAUAAAUGAUAAUGUGUUAAAUUUCUUUAACUGGACAUUACUCCAGCACUUUCCUCGUCUCCACUUGCUUGACUUAAGUGGAAACAAGCUAUCCUCUCUGACUAACAGCCUAUCUAAGUUCACAUCUUCUCUUCAGACACUGCUACUGAGUGAAAACCAGAUUUCCCACCUGCCCUCUGGCUUUCUUUCUGAAGCCAGCAGUCUAAUACAUCUCGACUUAAGCUCCAACUUGCUAAAGAUGAUCAAUAAAUCCAUGCUUCAAACUAAGACUGCCACCAAUUUAGCCGUUUUGGAACUUGGUGGAAACCCUUUUGACUGUACCUGUGACAUUGGAGAUUUUCGAAGAUGGAUGGAUGAAAAUCUGCAAGUCACAAUUCCUAGACUGACAGACGUCACUUGCGCCAGUCCUGGGGAUCAAAGUGGGAAGAGUGUUGUGAGUCUAGAGCUAACAACUUGUGUUUCAGAUACCAUUGCGGCAAUAUUAUGUUUCUUCACAUUCUUUAUCACCAUCACGGUCAUGUUGGCUACCCUGGCUCACCACUGGUUUUACUGGGAUGUUUGGUUUAUCUACCAUGUGUGUCUAGCUAAGGUGAAAGGCUACCGGACUCUUUCCACAUCCCAAACUUUCUAUGAUGCUUAUGUCUCUUAUGACACCAAAGAUGCCUCUGUUACGGACUGGGUGAUAAAUGAGCUGCGCUCCCACCUGGAAGACAGUGAAGGGAAAAACGUGCUCCUCUGUUUAGAGGAGAGGGACUGGGACCCAGGAUUAGCCAUCAUUGAUAACCUCAUGCAAAGCAUAAACCAAAGCAAGAAAACAAUAUUUGUUUUAACCAAAAAAUAUGCAAGAAACUGGAGCUUUAAAACAGCAUUCUACUUGGCCUUGCAGAGGCUAAUGGACGAGAAUAUGGAUGUGAUUGUAUUUAUUCUGCUGGAGCCAGUGCUGCAGAAUUCUCAAUACUUGAGGCUGCGGCAGAGGAUCUGCAAGAGCUCCAUCCUCCAGUGGCCUGACAACCCCAAGGCGGAAGGCUUGUUCUGGCAAAGUCUGAAAAAUGUGGUCUUAACUGAGAACGAUUCACGGUAUAACAGUUUGUAUGUUGAUUCCAUUAAGCAGUACUAACUGAUGUUCUCAUGUUUCACCGACAAAAUACAAAUGCAAAGCAAUUACCCUUCUGUCUUAGUUAUCUGUUGCUGUGUAACAAAUUACCCCCAAAACAUAGUGGCUUAAAAUGACAUGAUGUGUUAUGUCCCAGUGUCUGUGGGCCUGGAGUCCAGGCAUUGCUCAGCUGGUUGCUCUGCUCAGUGUCUAUCAAGGCUGAAGUGUAGGUGUCAGCCAGGGCCUCAGGCAUCUCCUGGGGUUAGGAUGUGCUUCCAAGCUCACACUCAUGAGCUGGUCUCAGGAUUCAGUUCCUCCUGCGCUGUUGGCCAAAGGCUGCUCUCAGUUCCCAGCCACAUGGACCUUUCCCAAAUGGCAGCUUGUUUCAUCAAAGCCAGCAAGAGGGAAAGAUUGUAACAACAUGUCCCAGCAUUUGUCCCAGAGCCUGUUUGUUAGAAGGAAAUCACAGGUCCCGCCAGCUCCAUGGGAGGGAUCACCUCAGUCCAGGGGAACAAGUCUGUGACCCACAGGGGCGGUUGUGACCCUCAGUCGGCCUGCAUCUUGGUCACACAUUGUGAGUACCAUGCGGCAGGGCUUAUUGUAGCCAUCUUAGCAGUUGGCCCACUUCACCUUCCGUUCAAUACCUAAGAGCUUUUGUAACUACAGUAGUUCCAUUGCAUUAGCCUAGUAGUAUAAUGACGUAAAGCUGCUGGGUAGAUUUCUCACAUAUCCAUGGUUAUAUUAUGCUGUGGUUGCAUCACUCUAUCUUUAAGACUUACUUUUGUAAAUAUUGUCUAUAGUAUUUGACUUCUAAUGUUUAGAUGCCAUUUAAAGCCUACGAUGGAUUUUUUUAAGUGGUUUUUGCUUCUUAACCAUUUUUUAUAAGUAUGCAGCUGAAUUAGAAGCACUUAGAGUGUUUGUCGAUUCCCUUUGCUGUAAAUCUUAAAGCAAAUAAUUAAAAAUGGUUCAUUUCUCAUGAUGAGCAUAUGAUAAAUGUACAGCAGGGAAACAGAUCUGUAAUAUAAAAUUAAUUGCCAUCUACACUGGUUUUUUUUUGCGAAUACUUUAAAAAAACCUUUGGUUGAAAUCCAAGGGGAAGCAGUUUUGAUAAAGUUUGUACAUUAAGAUAAUUAUUAAUAGAGAAAUCAAUUCUAUCUUCCUACUCAGAAGACAUAAAGUUAGAAGCCUACCUGUUGGUACCCUUUAUGCAAUUCUCCCAAAUGGAACAACUUCGGCCUCUACUGGCCCCGUGGUUCCUCU